CUGGCUGCUGAGUUGAAGAUAAACUGCAAGAAGCAAGGGCAGGGGCAGGUCCAGCAGCAGACCAGGUUUUCACAGGCUCCGUUCGCCAAGAGGAACCACCAUUUUGCAAGGACCAUGAGGCCGCUGUGCAUGACAUACUGGUGGCUGGGACUGCUGGCUGCCGUGGGAGCAGCGGCAGGCCAGAAGGAAGGCUUGGAGGGCGCCGAGGCUAAGCCAGGCAGGUUCAUUACCUGAACAGGUACAAUGGUGUGAUCUUCGGACAAGUGCACCUACACCUUCAUCGUGCUGCCUGAGACAAGGAAAUAUCUCGUCAACUCCAAGGAGCCCGAGGUGCUCCUGGAGAACCGGGUGCACAAGCAGGAGCUGGAGCUGCUCAACAGCGAGCUGCUCAAGCAGAAGCGGCAGAGUGAGACGCUGCAGCAGCUGGUGGAGGUGGGCCAGCGGCAUAGAGCAAGCCAGUAUGGCAAGGAGGCAUAACAUGAACUGGGUCCACGCCCAGCCCCAUGCAGCUCCUGCAGUGGCCGGGACAGCAUGGAGCUCUCCCAGCUGGAGAACAGGAUCCUCAACCAGACGGCCGACAUGCUGCAGCUGGCCAGCAAGUACAAGGACCUGGAGCACAAGUACCAGCACCUGGCCACGCUGGCCCACAACCAGUCCGAGAUCAUCAGCAGCUCGGGAACACACUGCCAGCUGGUGCUGGCCAGGCCACUGCCGCCCGUCACCCCACCCGGGUCUAAGCCGUCCCCCACCAAUCGCAUCAUCAACCAGAUCUCUACCAGCUUGGUCCAGAGCGACCAGAACCUGAAGGUGCUGCCUCCCCCCCUGCCCACCAUGCCUACCCUCACCAGCCUCCAUUCAAAUUCUGACUCCCCCACUGGCCCGUGGAGAGACUGUUUGCAGGCCUUGGAGGAUGGCCACGACACCAGCUCCAUCUACCUGGUGAAGCCAGAGAACACCAACCGCCUCAUGCAGGUGUGGUGUGACCAGAGGCACGACCCUGGGGGCUGGACCGUCAUCCAGAGGCGCCUGGACGGCUCCGUCAACUUCUUCAGGAACUGGGAGACAUACAAGCAAGGGUUUGGGAACAUUGAUGGCGAGUACUGGCUAGGCCUGGAGAAUAUCUACUGGCUGACGAACCAAGGCAACUACAAACUGCUGGUGACCAUGGAGGACUGGUCUGGCCGCAAAGUCUUUGCAGAAUAUGCCAGCUUCCGCUUGGAGCCCGAGAGCGAGUAUUACAAGCUGAGGCUGGGGCGCUACCAUGGCAAUGCUGGUGACUCCUUUACCUGGCAUAACGGCAAGCAGUUCACCACCCUGGACAGAGACCAUGACGUCUACACAGGAAACUGUGCCCACUACCAGAAGGGAGGCUGGUGGUAUAAUGCCUGUGCCCACUCCAACCUCAACGGGGUCUGGUACCGUGGGGGCCAUUACCGGAGCCGCUACCAGGAUGGAGUCUACUGGGCUGAGUUCCGAGGAGGGUCCUACUCACUCAAGAAAGUGGUGAUGAUGAUCCGGCCCAACCCCAACACCUUCCACUAA